AUGCCUACCGUCAUCCACCGAGAGCUGAUACCAAGCCAUUCGAGCGUCGCUCGCCUUACUGCCAAGGCUCUCCUCGACGCUGGCUACAUCGUUCGCGUCGAGCGAUCGGCGGAACGUAUCUACAACGAUGAAGAAUUCGCAGAAGUUGGCGCUGAAUUAGUGCCUGCUGGAUCGUGGGUCAAGGCCCCCAAGGAAGACAUCAUUUUUGGCCUCAAGGAACUUCCCGAGGACGACAUCGACCUCCCCCAUUCAUACAUCCACUUCCAGCACAUCUUCAAGAAGCAGACUGGAUGGGUCCCUUCACUUUACCGCUUUUCACGAGCUGGCGGUUAUGCUGGUGCGGCCGUGGCCUUCAUCUCAUGGGCUCACCAAGUCCUCCACCCUGGCGUCACACAAGGUGAAGUGCCUCUUUUCGAGAAUACUCCUGCUCUGGUUUCACACGUUAAGUCUGUGCUUGAGCCGGCUAUUGCUGCCAACAACGGCCAAGCUCCCCGUAUUAUCAUUAUCGGAGCUUUAGGACGCUGCGGCAGUGGAGCUGUUCAGUUUUGCCGUGAGAUUGGACUCGACGAAGAAUCUAUCAUCAAGUGGGACAUGGACGAGACAGCCAAGGGUGGACCUUUUAAAGAAGUUGUGGAAUCGGACAUCUUCGUCAACUGCGUCUAUCUCGGACCUAACCCCGCUCCUCCUUUUGUCACUUUUGAUUCUCUUGCGACCCCAGAGAGGCGACUACGAGUCAUCUGUGAUGUUUCAUGUGAUCCGAAUAGUCCAAACAACCCUAUCCCCAUCUGCUCAACCUGGUCCACUUUCGAUAAGCCUACGAUUCCAACCUCCAAGCCUGUCAAUGACCCGGAGCUAAGAAUUAUUGCCAUUGAUCACCUUCCAACCUUGAUCCCACGUGAAUCCUCUGAUGAGUAUUCUGGUCUGUUGCUGCCAGCCUUACUCACCUUGGACCGCCGUGAUACCGAGGGCGUUUGGACAAGGGCAGAGCAAACUUACAAGGACAGAGUAAGUCAGUUGCCUUAG